UCUUCUGAAGGGCAAGGAAGAGAAGCAGCCCCGCUUGGGCUCCCGUCCCGACUGAGAUGCCAGCUCAGAGUUAAGGGGAGAGAGACGUGGAUCCUAGAGAGGGCAAAAGGGGUCGUGAUUGGCAUCGCAUCAGUCUCUUCCUGCCCCGCCUCCAUCCCUGGGAAAGAGGACUCCGGGAUUCGAUACUGAAGACGCAUAAAUCCAGUGUCAUAGUCCUGGUAUGGAUAGAUUGAGAUGAGAGUUUAACACACCCUUUAUCGACAUGAACAUUUUUUGUAAAGCAAACUAAGAAGCUCCCUUUGACUCUCCACUGAAAUGCCAGGUCAGAAUUAAGAACUCAGUGGCCCCACCCAUUACAGCUGUUCCUGUCCGCUGGUGAAAGAACUUCAGGCUUCUUGGAGGCUGCCUUUGGAGCACGGAAUUGGAGAUGGAAAUGCAAGACUCAGGUGGCCCAGAGACCAUCAAGGCUGGGAGCAGUCAGGAAUUCUGGGAAAGGAGUCUGCUGGAAAUCCUGCACAAGGACACGCUCCCUUCAGAUGUACAGCGCCAGCGCUUCAGGCAGUUCCGCUACCAGGAGGUUGAGGGGCCCCGACAGGUGUGCAGCCGACUCCACCACCUUUGCCGUCAGUGGCUCAAACCAGAGCAACGCACAAAACACCAGAUCAUGGACCUUGUGAUCCUAGAGCAGUUUCUAACCAUCCUGCCCAUGGAGAUGGAGAGCUGGGUGAGGGAAUGUGGAGCAGAGACCAGUUCGCAGGCAGUGGCCCUGGCAGAAGGUUUCCUCCUGAGCCAGGCAGAGGCCAAGAAGCAGGAAGAGCAGCAGGUGCAGGGGCGGCUCUCAAAACCGUCUACUGCUGAUUCUGAGGCAGAGAAAGCUCUAUCAGAUGCCAAACUGAAGUUGCGGCAGGCGGGGACCUCUCAGAAGGAGCAUGCAUAUUCCACCUUACUAGUUCAUGGAACACCACUGGAGGUGUUGACAAGGUCAUGUCUCCUGUAUGUGGAGGAAAAUACAGCUUCUACACAACCAGAUCAGGGUGCCGUGUCCUUUGAGGAGGUGGCUGUGCAUUUCACGGAGGAGGAGUGGGCCCUUCUGGAUGCAGACCGAAGAGCCCUGCACAGAGCAGUCAUGGAGGAGAAUAGGCAGAAUGUGGCCUCUCUGGCAGGUAAUGGGUGGGAAAGCAAGGCUGAAGGAGAAUCAUGUGGAUCACGAGUAGAAAGAGCAAGAUUUAAAAAGGAAGGACAACAGAGAAAAGCAACAAAAGGAAACCAGGAGAGAAAGAAUGAAUCUUCUCCUGUUCAUGCUGGUGACUGCCAAGAAACACCAAUCCAAGAAGAAAUAGAGAAGGGGAAGGAAAGGAGGAAGCCCCUCUCAUGUGAGAAAAGCAUCAGUUAUAAAUCGUGGCUUAAAUGUCACUGGAGAACUAAGGAGCCUUUUAAGUGUUUAGAGUGUAGAAAGAGCUUCAAUCGGAGUUCAGAUCUUAAGAAACACCAAAGAAUUCACACAGGAGAGAAACCAUUUAGAUGCUUGGAGUGUGGAAAGAGCUUCAGUUGGAACUCAGAUCUUAAGAAACACCAAAGAAUUCACACAGGAGAAAAACCGUUUAGAUGCUUGGAGUGUGGAAAGAGCUUUAGUUGGAGCUCAGAAAUGAGAAAACAUCAACAAAUUCACACAGGAGAGAAACCAUUUAGAUGCUUGGAGUGUGGCAAAACCUUCAAUCGGAGCUCAAUUCUUAGGAAACACCAUGGAAUUCACACAGGAGAGAAACCAUUUAGAUGCUUGGAGUGUGGGAAAAGCUUCACUCAGAGCUCAAAUCUUAGAGAACAUCAAAAAAUCCAUACUGGAGAGAAACCAUUUAAAUGCCAGGAGUGUGGAAAGAGCUUCAGUUGGAGCUCAGAUCUUAAGAAACACCAAAGAAUUCACACAGGAGAGAAACCAUUUAGAUGCUUGGAGUGCGGAAAGAGCUUCAUUCAGAGCUCAGAUCUUAAGAAACACCAAAGAAUUCACACAGGAGAGAAACCAUUUAGAUGCUUGGAGUGUGGAAAGAGCUUCAUUCAGAGCUCAGAUGUUAAGAAACACCAAAGAAUUCACACAGGAGAAAAACCGUUUAGAUGCUUGGAGUGUGGAAAGAGCUUUAGUUGGAGCUCAGAAAUUAGAAAACAUCAAAAAAUUCACACAGGAGAGAAACCAUUUAGAUGCUUGGAGUGCGGAAAGAGCUUCAAUCGGAGCUCAGAUCUGAAGAGACAUCAAAGAAUUCACACAGGAGAGAAACCAUUUAGAUGCUUGGAGUGUGGAAAGAGCUUCAAUCAGAGUAUAAAUCUUAAGAAACACCAAGGAAUUCACACAGGAGAGAAACCAUUUAGAUGCUUGGAGUGUGGAAAGAGCUUCAACCAGAGCUCACAUCUUAGAGAACAUAAAAAAAUUCACACAGGAGAGAAACCGUUUAGAUGCUUGGAGUGUGGAAAGAGCUUCAGUCGUGGCUCACAGCUUAUUAACCAUCAAAUAAUUCACACUGGAGAGAAACCAUUUAAAUGCUUGGAGUGUGGAAAGAGCUUCAGUCAAAACUCACAGCUUAUUAAACAUCAAAUAAUUCACACUGGAGAGAAACCAUUUAAUUGCUUUGAGUGUGGAAAGAGCUUCAGUCGGAGUACAGAUCUUAAGCAGCACCUAAGAAUUCACACAGGAGAGAAACCAUUUAGAUGCUUGGAGUGUGGAAAGAGCUUCAGUCGAAGCUCACAACUUAGAGAACACCAAGGAAAUCACACAGAAGAGAAACCAUUUAGAUGCCUGGAGUGUGGAAAGAGCUUCAGUCAGAACUCACAGCUUAUUAAACAUCAAAGAAUUCACAUUGUAGAUAAACCAUUUAAAUGCUUGGAGUGUGGAAAGAGCUUCAAUCGGAGUUCAGAUCUUAAGCAACACCAAAGAAUUCACACUGGAGAGAAACCAUUUAAAUGCUUUGACUGUGGAAAGUGCUUCAGUCACAGCUCAUAUCUUAAGAGACACCAAAUAAUCCACACGGGAGAAAAACCAUUUCAAUGUCUGGAGUGCGGAAAGAGCUUUCGUUUCAGCUCAAAUCUUAUACAACAUUGCAGAAUUCACAAAGGAGAGAUACCAUACAAAUGCCUGAAGUGUGGAAAGACCUUCAGUCAGAGCUCCAAUCUCUCAAAACAUGAAAGAAUUCACACGGGAAAGGAUAUACAUAUUCACAGUGUAGAAUGAGCUUCCAUCUCAAUUCUCCUUCCAGAAGAUGAGGUAGAUUCUCUAGCCACCACUCUCUUCUCCCCCACAUUAGAAAGAACCAGUGUGAGGACAGAGGAGCUGCUGCCGUUGCCGUAUUGGGCACCUGUCUAAAGCAGACUCCUGUGGAGUGGAGAAAAGGCAGGCUGGAGUGUGCCAGGGCAGGCAUGAGGCGAGAGAGAGGAGGUGGGCACACUGAAGGGGUAUGCCCAUGGCAGUGCCCACUCUUCUGGUCCCUGCCCCUCCCUAGCUGGUUACUUCACACUCAAAGGUCUGCUCCCAAACUGAAGUAUGUUGGUGCCACCAUACAGUGAACACUUUCCUUGCUACUCAAGUCAGAUUCUGUGAAUGAGAAGCCGACUGGAUUCCCCUGGAUGGGAAAUCCAAGGACUGGAUCUCCCUGGUGCUGCACAGAGGCAGCUGCUGCCAGUGUAGCCAUCCCCGCAUAGUUCCUCACAUUUCCAUUGCCAGGCGGGCCUCUUCUGUUGGAACCAGAGUGCACAGGGCCAGCUGGGCAGGCAUGUGGGGAUGUUGGGAAGGCACACGGGGAGACUACACCUCUCAGUUGCCCGCACCAUUUCCCAGCCAGCCCCAUGGGCCCCUGUAGUGAGGAACAGCCAGGGAAUGACCCACACUGGGAACAGCUGCCUCUACCUAGCAGCAGGAGGGUGCUUGAAAUUCAUGGGAAUGGAGGGUCCGAAGCACAGUCCUGAUGGGUAUGUUGAAAUCUGCAACUAUGCGGGGUGGGUGUGGGUGGGGUGCGCUUUCCAGGAAGCAUUGGUUAGUCUGAAAUGGCAAUGAGAGGAGUCUGUGAUUUUUUAUUUCAUAUAAGAGAUUUCCAAGAGAAGAUUUGCUAAGGAAAUGUUGUUAAUGCAAUAGAAGGUAUCUCUUUUUGUUGUUUAUUUCUGUAUUUUAAAGAAAUGCCUCAAUUAGUCUUACAGCAUUUCUUUUUGCUUAUCUUUGCCGUUGUAUUCUGGAAUUGGCUGCAUGUAUGUAUGAUGCAUUUUUCAUUUCUCUUUUCAUUAAAAAAUAUUUUAAAACAUG